AUGCAGUUUAACCUCUUCUUCCUUGCGCCUCUGGCGUCCUUGCUUCAGAUCACCACUGGUCUGCCCACCGAAACCGUCUACCAGACCAAGAAGUUCUCCAUUGUCCCAUUGAACGAAACACGAUACUACGCCGAGAUACAGGCAAGCAAGAAUGGAGAUGCAGUCGCGAAGCGCGACUCAUGCUCUUCUGACUAUCCCUACACCCAGAGUGACAUGGACGCCCUCAUCGCGGACCUACAGAGCGAUGGCCAGACCGACUAUCUGCCUGCUGGAAGUAGCGCGUAUUGGACACUUGGCACAGCUGUCAUUUGCACGUACAACGAUUACGUUUUCGACAACACCCACGUCACUCAUUGGGAGAUGGGAUGGGCCGCCGGCUAUAUUGCCGGCGAAUGUUGCCCGAGCGAGAGCAGCAACCCGCAGUGCUCUGGAGGUUCUUGCACCGGACAAGGAGAUAGCGGACUCUCGGUCAUCAUCUCUACGCAUAACAGUGCCUCCGCCUGUUGA